AUGGUGGUGGUGCAGAACGGCAGUAGCGCACCAGCCAAGGCGCAGCCCGUCACGAACGGCAGGGCCAGCACGCUGACUAAGCUGCGGCCCGGCCCGCCGGCCGGCUCCAACGGCGGCGUGCCGACGAUACCCCAGAUGCCCAGCGGCAAUGGCAAGGCUGCGCUGCUGAAUGGUGCCGCCGGCGCGAAGGCCGAACAGCAGCCGGCCGCCGCGCAUCAGGCCUCCGGGAAUGGCGCGGCCGGCAAGGCUGCGCAUGUGCGGCCGGACUUGUACAUCCAGCUGUACCUUGCAAUCAUGGAGCAGCAGCAGGAGCAGGCGGUGGGCAGCCAGCCAGCCGCCCUUAAACCCAGCCCCGAUGCUGCCACACCUGCCAAGGCCGCUGCCGACGCUGCCGCCGAGGAGGAGGCUGCCCUCGCCGCGCAGGCGGCUGCUGCGGCAGCGGCAGAGCAAGCACGGGAGGCGGCGGCAGCGGAGGCGGCUGAGGAGGCGGCGGCGGCUGCGGCUCAGCAGGCAAAGGCAAAGGCCGCUGCCGCGGCUGAGCAGGCAAAGGAGGCGGCCGCCGCAGCCACAAAGGCUGUGGAGGCCGCUUCGGCGGCAGCCAAGCAGGCCAAGGAGGCUGCCGAGGCGGCCAAGCAGGCAGAGGAGGCCGCCGCAGCGGCAGCCAAGGAGGCGGAAGAGGUUGCGGCGGCAGCCAAGGAGGCGGAGCAGGCUGCUGCGGCGGCCAAGCAGGCAGAGCAGGCUGCUGCGGCCGCCGCCCAGGCACACGAGGCAGAAGCAGCUGCCGCGGCAGCUGCGCGCCAGAAGGCGGCGCCAGGCAGACGGGAGGAGGCGGCAGCAGCGGAGGAGGCGGCGGCGGAGGCUGCUGCGGCUGCUGCAGCCCAGGAGCCGGAGCUGCCACGGGAGCCGUACACUCUUGUGAAGAAAGUGGCGCUGGCUGGCGGCAUGCUUCAUGUUGUGGUGCUGGAAGGGGACCGCAUGCUGCGUGUGUGGACGCCGCCAGGCUACAGCCGCGCCGAGGCCGCCCGCCACCCCUACCCGCUGCUGCUGCUGAACGAUGGGCAGAACUUAUUUGAGGAUAAGCUGUCUUUCAGCGGGGCGUCGUGGCGCGCGGGCGAGGCGGCGGCCGCCGCCAUCACCUCUGGCCGCCUGCCGCCCUUCCUGGUGGCGGGUAUCGACCACGCUGGGCCCGACCGCAGCCUGGAGUACCUGCCGUACACGCCCGGCACGGGGCCAGGCGGCUUCCGCAAAGAUGCGGCGCAGUGGCCCGGCGGCGGCGUGGCUGCCUACCUGACCCAGGUCUUUGACGAGGUACUGCCCUGGGUACAGGAGCAGUACGGCGCCGCCACCUCGCCCGACCGCAUCGCCUUUGGCGGCUCCUCCUUUGGCGGCGUCUGCACCCUGUACGCCUGCAUGCACCACGGACACCGCUUCGGCGCCGCCCUCGUGGAGUCGCCCUCCCUCUGGUUUGCAGACGAGAAGUUCCUGAGAGAGGACCUCGAGAGGUAUGAGGGCCCCUGGCCGCAGCGCAUGUUCUUGGGCAUGGGCAGCCGAGAGUACGGCGGCACGCGCCCCAAGGAGCCCGCCACCCGCCAGUGGGACCGACUGCUGGUGUCGUACUGCGUCCGCCUGGCGCGCCUGCUGCGGCGGCGCGGACUGGGCGCCUCCCGCCUGCACUGGCAGAUCGGCCUGCAGGCCGCCCACACCGAGGCCGCCUGGGCGCAGCGCCUGCCCGGCGCGCUGGAAUUCCUGCUGCAGCCCUGGUGGGCGGAUGCCGCGCAGCGCCACGCGGGCGACCUAUUCUUCACCAGCCCCAGCAGGCUCAGCGCGGGCCAGCCUGCGGUGCUGUUUGUCAACAAAGCUGUGAGCCACGUGCUGGCCGGGUGCACCGCGCGGCUGCGCACACGCAUGGGGUUCAACAACUGGGGCCUGGGGCUGUCGGAGCGGGAGCUGGAGCCCGCGCCGCAGCUGGAGGCGCCCCAGGCCCAGCCGCCGCCCGAGGCGCAGCAGGCAGAGGAGGAGGAGGAGGAGGAGGAGGAGGAGGAGGAGGAGGAGGGAGAGCAGCAGGCGGGGGCAGGGCAGACGCAGGCGGCCUCUUUUUUUGGCAGUGGUGGCGGCGGCGGGGCGGCUGAGGCCGCCGCCGCCGCCGCCGAGGAGGAGGCAGCUGCGGUCGAGGCGGAGGCAGGCGCGGCCAGUGACGCCGCGGCAGGGGGCUCUGGGCCCGCGGCAGCGGCGGCAGCAGUGCCAGCACCAGCCCCUGUGGAGGAGCAGGCACAGCAGGAGCCCACCUGGCAGGCUGUCACCUUCACUGUUCCAGACAAGGCCUACGAGAUGAACUUUGUGCUGACAGACGGGCGCGGCGCGUGGGACAACAACGCAGGCUGUGACUUCUACCUCCGCGUGAAGCUGCCCCCCAGCGGCCUGACCGCGGGCCAAUCUCCCGAGGAGGUGCGGGCGGCGGCACGGGCGGCGGCCGAGGGCCCCGCCGACGAAGCCGCCUCCCGCUCCGCCCCCAAGCUCUUCUUCACCUCGCCAGAGGUGCUGGUGGCGGGCGCCCCGGGCGUGCUGUACUUCAACCGUGCCCGCUCCGCGCUGCGCACCAACCCCAACGUUAAGGUGGGCUGCGGGGCGGUGCAGGGGGCCCUGGUGCGCCUGGGUUUCAACCACUGGGAUCUGGACACCGCAGACCUGGGCCUGGCCCCCGCCGAGCUGUGGCAGGGCGACGGCGUGGACUGGUGGGCCACCAAGCCCUUCACGGUGCCGGAGGAGGCCUUCGACAUGUCCUUUGCCUUCACCGACAGCCAGGGCAAGUGGGAGAACAAUGAGGGCCACAACUAUGAUGUUCCCGUGUGGCGGCCGCAGGAGGUGGCAGCAGAUGCACCACCUCGCACCAUCGAGCACUCUGACGCUGUAGACCAUGCUGGCGGCACGCUGCACGUCAUCCGCCUCUCCAAGCGCGCCGUGACCAACCAGGCCAGCCGGGAGAGCAAGUGGAAAGAGGAGAAGGUGCUGCGCGUGUGGACGCCGCCCGGCUUCAGCGUGGAAAGCGCGCCGCACGGCGGCUGGCCGGUGCUGUUCAUGUGCGACGGACAGAAUAUGUUUGAGGACUGGCUGGCGCACCAGGGCACGGCCUGGCGCGUCGGCGAGGCCGCGGCUCACCUUAUCGGCGGCAAGGUGGUGCCGCCGUUUGUGGUGGUGGCCGUGGACAGCGCAGGCCCCAUGCGCUCCCUCAAUUACCUCCCCUACAAGCCAGGCACCGGCGCGGGCGGCUUCCGUCCCGACGCCGAGCGCUGGCCGGGCGGCGGCUGCGAGGGCUACAUGCAGCGCCUGGUGCAGGAGAUCAUGCCGCUGGUCUGCUCCAGCUUCGGCACCGCCACCGACCCCGCGCGGGUGGCCUUUGGCGGCGGCUCCUUUGCAGGCGUCACCGCGCUCUACGCCGCCCUCCACUACCCGCACGUCUUUGGGUCUGUGCUGGUGGAGAGCCCCUCGCUGUGGAUCGCCGAGGGCCGCUUCCUGCAAGACCUGUGGGCCCACAAGGGCCCCCUGCCCGAGCGACUCUUCAUGGGCUGCGGCACGCGAGAGUACUCCGCAACACGAGAGUUUGCCAGGCAGGAGAUCGACAGCCUGCUCCUGCACUACUACCGGGACGCUGCCCGCGCGCUGGAGGCGGGCGGCAUGCGUGGCAGCCAGCGCCUGCGCUUCAUCGUGCAGCCGGAUGCGGGACACCAUGAGUCUGCAUGGGCCUGGCGCCUGCCGGAGGCCCUCUCCUUCCUGCUGUCCCCCUGGUGGAACGAGUGA